AAAGGUGUUCGACUUUAAUUUUUUUUCCGCCCUCUCGGCGCUAGAUAAUGACAGUAUAAGUCAUGUUUAAAUUUACUUUUUUCAGCAAAAGUUUUACUUUGUCGCCUUCAAACUCACAGACUAUAAUUUAAAAAUCUAUUUCCGUUGUUUAAAAUUGAAUUUUGCAUAAUAAAUAAAGUGAAAAUUAUACAUUAAACGCCUUACGAAAUUACAUUUAAUAUUUUUCUGAAAAUUAUUCACUAAAUUAUAGUCUCUUUUCGCGUGAACAAAACUCUCCGAGGAAAGAAAUAUUAAUCUAAAAUAAACUUCUCGGAAAUAGUAUAUUUAUGGAACCUAUAGAGAAAAAAAAAUACGGGGGUUGAUCGUAAAAAUAGAUGAUACUGUAUUUGAAAUAAACGACAUGUACCAGAAGUUCACAAAUGUACUAUCCAUAGUUCUAAGAUGCAGUGGAUAUUGGCCAAUGAUUUCAUCAACCAAAACAAUUUUUAAAAUAUUAAAUUAUCUAUUACGUAUCUUUAAUUUAACUGUAUUUUUGUUUUUGACGUCGAUUAUAAUCGGUGACGCAAUUUCUAAUUUUGAUGACUUAUCGCUCAUCACAGAUAACUUAUGUUUUUUAAUCGGCUGCUUUGAAGUUGCAUCGAAGGCAUUCAAGUUCACUACUGAAUACAAAAAUAUUAUGCUAUUGAUCAAAGAUAUUUAUGAACCAUUUGAUAUGCUCAGAACUAUGGAUAAUCUAGAAGUGAUGACACAAAUUAACAGCUUAGCCCGAUUUGAAAUCAAACAAGCUUCUAUAUUGAUUGGUCUCGUUACUUUGUUAGUAAUAGCUCGUAUUUUUGGCGCUGACCGAACAACCAAACAAUUUCCAGUCCGUGCUUAUUUUCCAUUUGACUCAUCUACAUCCCCCCGUUAUCAAUUACUGUACCUUGCAGUAUCCUACGGUGUUAUUUUUAUAGACUUUUCUUUGUUUGCAUUCGACAUGGUAAUCGUUGUGAUAAUGAGGUACUUAACCUUCCAUUUGAAAAUAUUGUUAGCUAAUUACAGACACUGCCACGUUAAACCAAUCGAAACUAUCGAUGGCAAUUUAUCGUCCGACCUAAAAGUGAUUGGAAAAUAUGACGCAAUAACGCAUGCAAAUAAUGAAGACGAUGAUGAUCAAAAAGAAGAUAUUGAAAACUUUGUAUUUUUUAAACUUAACAAUGAAGAUGUAAAUAAAAUAAAUAGUUUCGAUUGGAGAUUGAAGCAAUGCAUCAUGCAUCAUCAGAAAAUAGUAAAGAUGACGACAAUUCUUAACGACUGCUUCAGUUUUUGUGUUGUUAUUCAAAUUAUGGCUAGUACUAUAUUAAUAUGUCUGAACGGAUUUCAAAUUUUGUUAGCUAACAAUGAUACUCAUUUAUUUUUAAGACGAAUUAUGGCUAUAUUUAUAGUUUUACUGCAACUAUUUUUCUGGUGCUGGUAUGGAAACAAUAUGAGCACCGUAGCAGAUGCACUCACUUACAAUCAAUGGAUGUGCGGUUGGGAAAAUGAAUUCAAACGAGGUGUGAGCAAUUCCGUAACUACAUCUAUGAUUCUAUCACUGCGAUCACUAGAACUACGAGCUAUGGGCCUGGUUCCUUUAUCGCUGCAAACAUUUGUUUCGGCUAUGAAAACGUCAUACUCGGUGUUAAUACUUUUACUCACUGUAGUUGAAAACUGAUUGAACUCAAGCAAUAAUUGCCCGCAUGGAAAAGUAUAUAUGCUCAAAACAUAUCCGAACAUAUAUGUUGACAUUUAUUUUUUUUGCACAAAAUAUAUUGUAACUUCUAUAGCCCCAUAUAAAUGUUAUAUAGGUAUGUCACUUAGAUGCCACAAAGAUGCUGCAUGUAUUUUUUUGCUAACAUAUUAUACUAUACAUGUCACAUAGAUGUCGCAUACAUUUUUCGCAUAAAUAUAUUUCCAUUCAGGUGUAGUUUUAAAUUACUAAUAGCUUGUAGGAUGAAGAAAUAAUAUUUAUAACAGAAGCAAUAUACGCUUAUU